AUGAGUUCAUCUAAAUCGUCUGCAUCGUCAUGCACAGAGGGAGGAUUCUUCUCUUCUGAAGUGUGUGUAUGGACCACUGCCGGAGUCUCCAUCCUACUUCUCAGCGCCUGCUUUGUUGCCAGAUGUAUUGUGACAUAUAGGACCUUCUGUGAUGAGGAAAUGUUCCAGCCAUAUGAAAAUAUUACAGAACUCCCCUGCCACCAUGACAACUCAGGUUCCGUCAAGAGUUGCUGUCCCUUGAACUGGGAACAUUUUCGGUCCAGCUGCUACUUCUUUUCUGCCGACACCAGGACCUGGCCGCUAAGUUUCAGGAGCUGCUUGGACAUGGGGGCUCAGCUGGUGGUUAUCAACACUCAAGAGGAGCAGGAAUUCCUUUACCGUACAAAACCUAGAAGGAGAGAGUUCUACAUCGGCCUGACGGACCAGGUAGAGGAAGGCAAGUGGAAAUGGGUAGAUGACACACCUUUCAAUGAGUCUCUCAGUUUCUGGGAUGAAGGUGAGCCUAAUAACAUCGUUACACUAGAGGAUUGCACCACCAUUAGAGACUCUUCAAAUCCCAGGAAAAACUGGAAUGAUGUACCUUGUUUCUUCAACCUAUUCCGGAUUUGUGAAAUGCCCAGAAGAAGCAUUUAG